GCGCCGCUGCGCCCCGCGCUGCGCCACAACUUCGCGCCGCCGCAGCCGCCGCCCCCGCCCGAGCCGCUCGACGGCCCCGACGCGCCCGACGCCCCCGCGGCCGCCGCCGCCGCCCACCACCACCACAACGACGCGACGGCCAACCCGCCGCCGCCGCUCAAGAACGAGAUCGUGGUGGACCGGCUGGCGUCGGUGUCGGCGCGCGGCCGCUACGAGGCGCUGCGCAAGGAGGCGUCCGACCUCGAGGUGCAGAUCAAGCAGUUGCAGGACGCGCUCGACACGCUGCUGCGCAUCCAGCAGAGGAGCCUGGAGUCGAGCCUGUUCAACAAGGCGAAUGAGCUGCAGGAGGACAUCAGCCUGAAGCGCUUCGACCUGCGUGUGGCGCAGAUCCACCUGGGCGCGGUGCGGGCGCAGCGAGCUUGUCAGACAUUAUGUGAUACUGAGUGCGCGGCGCUGCGUGUUGCAGAAGGAGCUGUUCGGCGCGAAGGCGGACGCGGCGUCGGACGCGGUACGCGAGCGCAAAAUGUCGUCUUCGUCCACGGGCAGCAUGAAGAACAAGUGGCUGAAGGCCUUCAAGAGCCUCAAGACCACGACGCCCGGCAACGGGCAGGCGAGCGCCGCCCCGCCGCGCGACGCCGACAACCUUAUUUUAUUGCUGCAUAUAUUCACAUUCUUGAAGUGUCUCAAAUCCAACAAAACCCUUUCCAGUUAUUUGCCUCCGUGUACCAGAGAGACUACUCUCUGCCUUUUCGUGAGAAGAAGCGCAACGGCAAGGAGCGGGAGAUGAGCCAGCAGCCGGCGGACGCGGCGGCGCACGCCUUCCAGGAGUACACCUACAAGAAGAUCACGCCCUGCGACGCCUGCUCGCAGGUGCUUAGAGGGCACACGCGCCAGGGCCUCAAGUGCCGCAACUGCAAGCUGAACGUGCACGUGGACUGCCAGGACAAGCUGGGCCGCUGCCAGCCCAAGUCGCGCCUGCUGCGGCGCCAGAAGUCCACGUCCGAGAUCGAGACCCGCCUACCCGAGCCUCCGGAGGAGGAGAUUCAUACAAAUAUUCUAUUUAUUAGUGCCAUUAUUGUUGUUCAUUUUCAUAUCAUGGUAUUAUUAUUUUCAGUAUUAAAAUGA